GAAAAAAUAGGAUUUAAAAGGAUUUAAAAGGAAAGAAUUACAGAGGGGUUAUAUGUUAAGAAGGAGGUAAUUGAAAGGGAUUGAGAGGGGUACAGUAGGAAGUGGAUGUGGUGAAGGCAUUUGCAAGAUUAGCUGAAGAAAAGUCUAGUAAAACGGGAAGGAGGAAGCCAAAUCCUGGGACAAUAUAGUUUCUUUGAUGUAUUUGGAGCUGCAUGAUUUAUACAUAUUCAGCAUCUUGGCCUGCAAAUCUUAGGAAUGAUUGGGUAAAAGUAGUCAUGCAAGCUUAUUAAAAUACAACUAGGAAAAAAUAGUAUAUAGUAUUUGAUGCACAAAAGGUACUUAUAUUUUCAGAGAUGAAGGUAUUUCAGCCUAAGGAGUCUUAGGGAAUUAAGCAAUUUAACAGUAAUGGAAGCUGUGACUUGCUACGCAAGCUGGUUUGUUGAAACCAAAAAUUGUCACAGGAUUCAUUACUGCUUCAGAGAUGGAAAGUGAGCGUGAAGUUCAUUUUCAAAAGUGUCCUUAAAGAAGCAGGAUGAUGUGAAGGUUAAAACUGAGAAAGAGAGGCAGUUGAAGGUGAUGAGGAAAGCUCUGGCACGCAAAUGAUACUGACUCUAAUUAGGGCAGAUACACAUUUUGAAAUUCCUGCAAGGUUUUUGUAUGUAUUGAAAACAUACUGAAACUCUCAGGUAAGCAGGUUGUAUGUGAAUGUGUGUGCACUGGAGGUCCCAACUUUUUCCAGGAUUAAGAGACUGUAAGUAUGUGCACCAUCCUGUAGGCAUUCUACGAACAAAUCUGUGCUCAGCACCGAGCAAACAUGGGACAAAGAUACACAACACACAGUGCACAAAGCAAAGCAAAAAGCCAGCAGAGAAAGGUAAAUAAAGAGCUUAACCAAGUCAGCACAACAGUACCCAAACUUUGUACUCCCUUGCUAUGCUGCAGAGCUCCUAAGAUCUUUUCACAUUUUCCAUACUGAAAUCUAAAACGCAGAAGACAACAAAAUAUUUGUCCUGACAUUAAGCAGACUCAUUUCUAAGAUGACUCUUAUUUCAUUUUCAUUGCUUCAGUGACCCAGUGCCAUGUUCAGGGCACUGUCAGAUUUGAGGAAGAAUAGACAAGAACUGAGAGUUUCAUGGUCAUAAAAAUAAACACUGUCAGCAGGAUACAUAAAAUAAUAUAUUGAAUUUGAAAUAUGACAUCACAGGAGAAUGAAGAAAACCAGAUGCAUCUGCUAAGCAUUUCUGGACAGAUCCAUCUACAUAAUGCUGUUCCUUAGCAAUCUAACUUUAUUUAGAAAGUCAGAUAGGACAGUACUUCAGAUCUGGGAUAAAAAGCAAUGGACACCAGAUAUUUAUGAUGUCAAAAGAAACAAAACAAACACCAUCUUUUCUAUCUUGGUACAAAACUCAUCAGGAUGAUCACCUCCAGAACCACUGAGCCUGUACAUAGUGGAAAGUUGGGUGUGUUCAGACAACUACGUGAAAAUUUGUCAGCUUGAUUUCUGCCACUUCUUAAGAGUCCAGGUGCGGCACGUUUAAUACAAGGACUGUUGUAAUGAAGGCAUGUGCUGUUGUGCAGAGGUCUCAGGAUUCAUCAGCGGCAGAUUGAUGUUACCCCAAAGUGCUGGAGGCUUGUUUGAUCACUGUGAGAGAAGCUUCUUCCACACCUGCAAGUAGCAGGGAGAAAGCUGCAACACCAGAAGCUUCAAAAAGGAUGACAAGGAAGCCAACAGACCCAUGCCAAACAAAGGAGACCAUGGACUAGGAAAUGAGAAGUUCAAACCUGUGGUACCUUGGCCUCAUGUUGAAGGUGUGGAAGUAGACUUGGAAUCCAUUCGAAGGAAAAAUAAGGCCAAAAAUGAACUAAAUCAUCAUGGUGGUGGUGAUAACAAACAGCAAAACAUCAUCCAGAGGCAGUAUCUCACAUUUAAGCCUCAGACAUUUGUAUACCGAGAUCCCGUUUUACGACCUGGAGUCCUUGGUAAUUUUGAACCCAAAGAGCCUGAGCCUCAUGGAGUUGUUGGUGGCCCUGGAGAGGAAGCGAAACCAUAUGUUUUAGGACCAGAUUACAAAGAAUCCAUUCAAGCCAGCAUUAAAGAGUUUGGGUUUAAUAUGGUGGCAAGUGAUAUGAUCUCACUAGAUCGGAGCGUUAAUGACUUGCGUCAAGAAGAAUGCAAAUACUGGCAUUAUGAUGAAAACCUGCUCACCUCCAGUGUUGUCAUUGUCUUCCAUAAUGAAGGAUGGUCCACGCUCAUGAGGACAGUCCACAGUGUCAUUAAGAGAACACCGAGGAAAUACUUGGCAGAAAUUGUGCUGAUUGAUGAUUUUAGCAACAAAGCACACUUGAAAGAGAGGCUGGAUGAGUAUAUUAAGCAGUGGAACGGCCUUGUAAAGGUGUUUCGAAAUGAGAGGAGAGAAGGUUUAAUCCAAGCCAGGAGCAUCGGAGCCCAGAAGGCUAAACUUGGGCAGGUCUUGGUUUACCUUGAUGCCCAUUGUGAGGUGGGAAUUAAUUGGUAUGCGCCACUUAUAGCUCCUAUAGCUAAGGACAGAACCACAUGCACUGUGCCGCUUAUAGAUGUCAUAGAUGGCAACACUUAUAAGAUUGUGCCGCAAGGGGGUGGUGACGAAGAUGGGUUUGCUAGAGGCGCGUGGGAUUGGAGUAUGCUAUGGAAGAGGGUUCCCUUGACCAAGCGAGAGAAGGAAAGCAGAAAGACAAAAACUGAACCGUAUCGGUCCCCUGCAAUGGCUGGUGGAUUGUUUGCCAUUGAACGCGAUUUCUUCUUUGAACUAGGUCUCUAUGACCCUGGGCUUCAAAUUUGGGGUGGUGAAAAUUUUGAAAUUUCUUACAAGAUUUGGCAGUGUGGGGGGAAACUGUUGUUUGUUCCCUGUUCUCGUGUGGGGCACAUCUAUCGUCUCCAGGGUUGGCAAGGAAAUCCACCCCCUGUGUACGUGGGGUCUUCUCCUACUUUAAAGAACUAUGUCAGAGUUGUAGAAGUGUGGUGGGAUGAAUACAAAGAUUAUUUUUAUGCCAGUCGCCCAGAGACAAAAGCGCUACCCUAUGGAGAUAUAUCUGAGCUGAAAAAAUUCCGUGAAGAUCACAACUGCAAAAGCUUUAAGUGGUUUAUGGAAGAGAUAGCAUAUGAUAUAACUUCAUAUUAUCCUUUACCACCUAAAAACGUGGACUGGGGAGAGAUUAGAGGCUUUGAAACCUCUUACUGCAUCGACAGCAUGGGACACACCAAUGGUGGUUUCGUUGAGCUUGGGCCAUGCCACAGAAUGGGAGGAAAUCAGCUUUUCCGAAUCAAUGAAGCUAAUCAACUCAUGCAGUAUGAUCAGUGCUUGACUAAAGGACCAGAUGGAUCCAAAAUAAUGAUUACACACUGUAAUCAGAAUGAAUACAAGGAUUGGCAAUACUUCAAGAACCUGCACAGAUUUACUCACAUUCCAUCAGGGAAGUGCUUGGAUCGCUCCGAAGUCCUCCAUCAAGUUUUCAUUUCAGAGUGUGACUCCAGUAAAGCAACGCAAAAAUGGGAAAUGAACAACAUCCUUAGUGUGUAGACAGACAAAACAUACCUACUGACACAUUAAUUUGUACAGGACUGAAAAUAGCCUGAAAACUGCUGCAAUUAUUAACUUUGUACAGCUGCGAGCCUCCUGGCUUGGAUGAAGGACAGAGAGGAACUGUGAUUAUUCCAAUAACAUUAUCAUCUGCAGUUAAUGUUUACAAAACUGCUUUACCUUAAACUCUGUAGAUGUUUACAUCUUUUUGUUUUAAGAUGUUGAUAAAUUAAUGUGCUGUUAGCUAUGUUUCAUAGGAACAUAGUUAGAAGCGUUGUCGUCUUCUUUGGGAUUACACUCAGGGGUCUGAAGGCAGUUUUUUUACACACACUUGAAAAGGUUGGAGUAACCAGAUUUUCAUAGAACUUGGUGAUUAUCAACCUGUUGUAUAUUUUUAUUUAAUUUUACAUCUUACUAAGCACUGCCACAGGUUAUUAGCCAGGGUGGCCUUCUCUCACAGUCAUGCUGCUUUUUUGGAAGGUGAAUUUCAACAUAUUUAGUGCCUCUUUCAUUUCUCUCUUUCACAAGAAAAUCACUUGUUGGAAAUCAUACAGUGGAUUUUUCUGCGCUGUCACCAGGGGUAGGGACCAACCGUAACACCCUGUGUAAUUAUUGUGUUACCGAAGACAAAUUUCUAUUGCCACUUUGGCUGCUCUACUUCAACUGGACGCUUCAUAUGGUGCGAGGAAGAGCGUAGCAUCGAGUUCCGUGCUCAUGUGGUACAUUUGGGAAGUACGCGUCCUCGCGAUUCCAGUUAAGAAUUUAUAAGCGCUAACUUGCGUGUUUAAACCAUGCCUUACAUUAAAAUAAUAUAAAUAAAUAAAUAAAUAAAGCUGCACAAUUAUGUAAAACUGACGAAGAAUCCAAUGCUUCAUUUAUAUUGUUAUUUUAAAUGGAAAUCACUUAGAGGUGGACUAAAACUUCUAAUUAGGAAAAAUAUCCAGACUCAACACAUCUGUGUAAUUCUUUACAAGGACAUCUGUCAACUAGUUUGGAUCCCAGAUUUAGAUUUGAAAAGAGAAGUGGAAACCCUGAAACCACAUUUAUUCAUACUAAUUUUCUUCCUAUUUUUGUCAUUGGAAACUUUUCCUGAUGGAUUACAAACACAAAAUGCAACUGCUUGGUGCUAUAGUGUACAGAAUAGAAUGUGAAGAAGUAGUUUCUAAAAAUGUUCUGGAAAAGAGUUGAUGCAAACUCCCUUAGGAGUAUAAAUAAAAUAUUUAUUCUGAAUGAUCAGAGAGGUGGAGGAGAAAUGACGUAUCCUCACUUCAUUAUUCCGGAUUUUGUGACUGUUAAAUGUUGACAUCAGUGUAUUGAUUUCAUAGGAGUUAUGCCUAUAACAUGUCACACUAUUAAAUAUGACUAAAUACUUCCCAGAAAUCUAGAAUAGCAUUGCAUGCAGCUUCCAUUUAUAUUAACGAGGGUUAUGUAUCAUGUUUGGUGACAGAAUUUGAUCUUUAUAGGGCUGUGGGCACCGUUCUUUAGUUUAAGAUCUUUCCUAGUUUCUUUAAACUCCUCUGUUCUUUCAGAGAUAUGAAAAAUUGAAAAUAAAGGAGGGAGAAACUGGAAAAAAAAAGGAAAAUAAGGGUGUGUGCUGGUACUUGUUCCUUGUGUGUACGAAAACUGACUCCAUUUUUGUGUGUUGGGUAGAUUAAUUUAAUCAUAUGACUAUGCAUAAGAGAAAGAAUGGUGGCACAUAAAUUGUGUGGGUGUGCAUUCUAAAUGGGUAUUCUGUGCAAUUCAUUGAAAGCUGAUGCUGUAUGUGAAUAUGAAUCUGUAUGUGAGACUGAAACCUUACAAAACAUGAGAUCGUAAGAAGCUGUUGCUGUAAUGACUUUUUCCUACUAUAGCCAGCUUGAAAAAGAAUAAUUCCCAUAUUCUUGCUUUGUAAGUUGAUGAUAAUAUCACUAUGCAUUUCUACAUAUUUUAUAAAUUUGAUUUAUGCAGAUUUUGAUACACUGUAUGUUUCUGUAGAAAUUGUAUAAAUCUUUUAAAAAAUUUAUUAGGGAUAAAUCUGGGAAACCUAUGUAUAUCAUACUUAUGGGUUGCUUGUUUUUUAGGUGAAAUAAAUAAAAUAUUUGAAUUUUUGGGUUUACUAUA